AAAAUACACACAAACAUGGCGCAAAUUACCCCACGCAAGCGCAGAUAUGCAACGAAACUAAAAAAACAACAACAACAAUGCGAAUGUUUUUGUUUGUGGCAGUGCUAUUGUCGCUGAAGUCGUUUCCAAACAACGGAGCUGAAAAUGUAAACAAAACAUGGAGAAUAAAAUUAGCAGAAAUUCAAUUAAAAAUGUGAAAAGUAGCAAAUAAAAAUUAAAUUUUCUUUCUUGAUAUUGAAGAGGAGGAUUAAUUUUUACAAAAUGCGUGCUGUUUUAAAAUGGGUAGAAAAAGUGGAAUUUCCAAAUGAUAGCAAAGAUGACGAAAUCAGCAUACGUUCAGUUUGCUAUAAUCCUAGUGGUAGCAUCUUAGUGGUUGCAGCCAAGAAUCGUGUACUUAUAUACGAUGCCAACGAUGGCUCACUAUUGAACACACUGAAAGCCCAUAAAGAUGUGGUGAAUUGUGUAGCAUAUGCACGCGAUGGCAAAAAGUUUGCCAGUGGAGCUGUGGAUAAAACUGUAAUUGUUUGGUCACCACAAUUGGAGGGUCUAUUGAAAUAUGCACAUGGCGAUGCAGUACAGUGUAUGUCCUUUAACCCAGUGUCACAUCAUUUGGCUUCCUGUUCAAAUUCGGAUUUUGCUUUUUGGUCAACUGAUCAAAAAGGAGUGCAGAAAUAUAAAAUAUCAUCACGCGUAAAUGCCUGCUGUUGGACCAAUGAUGGACAAUAUUUGGUUUUGGGUUUAUCAAAUGGCACCAUAUCAAUCAGAAAUAAAUCUGGUGAAGAAAAAGGUCGCAUUGAUCGUCCUGGUGGUCCGAAAAGUACAGUGUUUGGUGUGCAAUGUUGUCCAACAACAGUGGCAGGAUCUUUUGAUUCCAUAUGCGUUGUUGAUUGGAGUCAAACGCUUUCAUUUCAUACACUAAGUGGUCAAAUGAUUGGCAAAGAGCGUGCACUUGGUUUUGAUCCAUUGUCCGUCACUUAUUUUCCCAAUGGUGAAUUCUGUAUUGUUAGCGGUUGUGUCGGAACAUUACAUCUCUUUACAAAGGAAGGUGUACGACUUGGCACAUUAGGUGAAUCGUUUGAUACAUGGAUAUGGUCAGUUGUAUUACAUCCCAAUGGACAAUCAUAUGCUGUUGGCUGUCAGAAUGGCACUGUAGCUAGUUUUAAUAUUGUCUCCAGCACAGUACAUGCAUUGUAUCGUGAACGUUAUGCUUUUCGAGAGAAUAUGUGUGAUGUUAUUAUACAACAUCUGAUAUCUGGACAAAAAGUACGCAUCAAAUGUCGCGAUUUAGUGCAGAAAAUUGCUAUUUAUCGUAAUCGUUUAGCUGUUCAAUUACCAGAACGUGUAGUACUCUAUGAAUUAAAUUCUGCUGAGGAUCAGCCCAUGCAUUACAGAGUCAAAGAAAAGAUACAAAAGAAGUUUGAAUGUAGUUUGUUAGUUGUAUGUGCAGAGAAUAUUGUUUUAUGUCAGGAGCGACGACUACAGAGUUUAGACUUUAGUGGUAUUCUUCAACGUGAGUGGCUAAUGGACUCUUUUGUGCGUUAUAUUAAAGUUAUAGGGGGACCAGCCGGACGUGAAGGUCUAAUGGUAGGACUCAAAAGUGGACAGGUUUUUCGCAUAUUUUUGGAUAAUUCCCUGCCACUGAUGAUAACUUCAGCCAUGUCAUCGUUGCGUUGUUUGGAUAUAAAUGCGAAUCGUACUAAAAUUGCUGUUGUUGAUGAUGCUGGACGUUUAAUUGUACGCGAUAUUUUAAGUGAUACAUUACUUUAUCAGGAUAAUGGCGUUAACUCUGUCACAUGGAAUACUUACAUGGACUCAAUGCUUUGUUAUACUCAUACAACCGGUGGUUUGAGCGUACGUGUUGGAAAUUUACCACCACGUGCACCGCAAAAUAUGUUAGGAGUUGUAGUAGGUUUAUGUGGUGCUACUGCAUUCUGCUUACGUGGUAAUCUUAUGCAUAAUAUACCAUUAGCUUUGGGUGCGACAAUGUGGCAAUUUAUAGAAGCAGGACUUUUUGACGAAGCAUAUCAGGUGGCCUGCCUUGGAGUGACUAAUGCUGAUUGGGAAGGAUUGGCACAAUCUGCUUUGAGGGCAGUUCAUUUAAAUAUAGCUAGAGAUGCAUAUGUUAAAGUCAGAAAUCUGCCUUGGUUGCAAUUAAUAGAUAAAUUAUUAGAAAAACAAAAACGUGCUGAAGUACCCAAAGAAGUCUUACAGGCGGAGACAUUUGCUUUUGCCGGUAAAUAUAAAGAGGCUGCGCGUUACUUCCAAAAAUGUUCACAAAAUACACGUGCUUUGGAAAUGUACUCCGAUCUGCGUAUGUUUGAUUUGGCACAAGAAUUUGUGAAAGACGGUAGCGAAGAGGAUAAACGGGAAUUGGUUAAAAAACGUGCUCAGUGGGCAUAUUCAGUAAAAGAACCACGUGCUGCAGCUGAAUUAUUAUUAUCAGCUGGUGAGAAUGAUAAGGCUAUUGAGAUUGUCGCAGAACAAGGUUGGCCUGAUAUACUUUAUGAUAUUGGCAGACGUUUGAGUCUGAGUGAAAGAAACUCUUUAGAAUCUGUAGCAAAUCAUUUAAAACGUCUCAAAGCUUUACCUCUGGCAGCGGAAAUUUUCAAGAAACUAGGCGAGGAAAUACAAGUAGUACAGCUACAUGUUGAAGCACAUGAUUGGGCAGAGGCUUUCCGUUUAGCUGAGGACAUACCGAAAUGUUUGUCCAAUGUGUACUACCAACACGGCCAGUGGUUAGCUGAAAAUGAUCAAUUCAUUGAAGCGCACAAAGCCUUUUUAAAAGCUGGCAGUAUGAAAGAUGCAAAUCGUUUGCUUAAACAAUUAAGCAGUUCUGCUUUAGCUGAGGAGCGUUACUUAGACGCAAGUUACUUCUAUUGGCUUCUGGCUAAACAGUAUAUGGAAAUAUAUUGUGAAAAGGACAUACAAAACGCAAUCGAUCAUCAUUUAAAGGAAUAUAAAAAUCAUUUACGUAUAGCGAAGGUUUAUUAUGCUUAUAGCAUAAUCUUCAAUUAUAUGAAGGAACCAUUUACGACAUACUCACCUAUAAGUCUAUUUAAUGUUAGUCGAUUUAUACUUAAUGAAGUUGAAUUUAAAGGAGCUCCGAAAGGUGUAAGCAUGUUUGCCGUUCUAUUCACACUGGCGAAACAGGCGAAGUUUCUACAUGCAAACAAAUUAUGUUUGGUCGUCAACAAACGCUUGCAGUCCCUUAAACCACCAGCUGGAAUACAAGAACAAAUAGAUGUUAAUUAUUUAAAUAGUAAAGCUUGUAAAAGUGGUUUCAAUGAUCCUGAGGAACUCUUGCCACUAUGCUACAAAUGCUCCAAUUAUAGUCAACAUUUAAAUGGAAAUUGUUGUCCAACAUGUAAACAGGAUUAUUUAUUUUCAUUCAUAUCAUUCGAGAUAUUACCAUUGGUGCAAUUCUAUCCUGAAGUGGACAUUACUGAUGCAGAAGCUGAACGUUUAUUACUUGCACCACCAAAACAGAAUGAAGACAUUGAUCCUUUUAAUGAAGAUGUUGCUAGUGCUUUACCAUUGAGCCUUGAUCGUAGUGCAUUACGUGGUAUUGAUCCUAAUCACAUAUUAAUAGUUAAAGGUCGUGAAAAAAAUAUAAAAAGUUUAUAUUUUCGGAAUAUUUUGCCUGAUCUACAAGUUACUUUCUGUCCAGAGUGUUUAUUGGUGUUUUAUGCUGAAGACUUUGAAAUGCAAGUGUUGCAGAAAGGUUAUUGUCCUUUUUGCCGAACAUCGUCUGAAAAGUUACUCGAAGAAUAUUAACUAUUAUAAGUUAUAAAUUGACAAUUAGUUUACUUAAAUGCACAUAUAGUACAUAUAUAUUAUAUGAAAUGUACGAUGAAAUUAUAGCAACCACUACUGUGUUUUAUAAAUCUUUUAGAUUAUAUUAUAUAGUGAGAAUUCUUUUGAGCGGGCGGCAGACAUCGUUAAACUCUUGUUGAUUCAAGUGGACUAUCCUGACAAGUGGGAUAAAAUUGUUCCAAAUUUUAAUAAAAUAUAGUGUUGGAAAAAUUGUCAACCCGUGGGGAAUAUCCGUUCUACAGCGAUGUCUCUUAGAAGAGUUAUCACUGUGAUUAUUUAUUUUAUUAUAUUAUAAUUGCAAUUGUUUA